AUGAAUAAUUUAAGUGAGGAAAGUCUACUUUCAAAUCAAUCCACCUGUCCCAUUUGUAAGACAUCACUAGUAGUAAAUCAUUCUUCGAAUUCUUCAAAUGAAAAUCAAACAGUCCAUUCAACAAAUCAGUAUUCUAAAGUAUCUUAUCCUUACGAAUCAAAUAAUAAUGAUAAUAAUCAUAAUUAUUAUAAUAAUAAUGAAAACAAUCUUAAAUAUGUUUGUCCAGUAUGUCAUUUUGCCACUGAAAAUCAUCCGUUAAUUCGUCGAUUAAAACAAUGUGGUGAAGAAGCUUUUGGACAUGUUUGUGAAUUUCAAACACGUGAAGAUCUAGCCAGUUUAAUGUCAAAUACACAUGUUCUACGCUUACAAUCAUUGCUUAUACGCUUACGUAUAUUAGGUCCAGAUCAUCCAGAUACCAUUUAUUUUAUCCGUUAUCGUGGAGCAAUUUAUGCAGAUGCAGAUAAUUUUCAUCAAUGUUUAAGUUUAUGGCGUUAUGCAUUAGAAUUACAACGUACAUUUGUUGAACCAUUAUGUCAUGUAUCACAAGCUGCAUUUGUUAGUUUUGCUGAAUUAUUUCAUUUUGUAUUAACAAAUAAUUGUAUUGGUUUACCAGCAAAAGAUUUAGAUCCAACAUUAAUUGUAGAUUGUUUAGAAUUAGCUGUUGAUAAUAUUGAACGUGGAAUGGAUUAUUCAUUUUAUCAUUGGCAUCAUCGACAUCCAUGGUCAUAUACAGCAGCGGAUAAAGAAGCGAUUAAUUUAAUGCGUCAUGUAUCAUUAUGUUUACAUUUUAUAGCAAUGAUUCUUAUUCAUUAUAUGCCAAAUUGUAAAGCUUUACCAACCAUACGUUCUAUUCGACGUCAAUUAUCUAAUUUAACACAAGUAGUUGAAGAAAAUUUCAAUGAAUUAUUACAAAAUUCUACAUUGAAUUUAUCAAAUAUUAUGCUUAAUCGACAAGAGCUAAUUAGUAAUAAUAAUAAUAGUAGUGCUGAAAAUGAAUCACAAACAGAUAGUUUAUCUAAUGAUAUGAAAAAACGUAUGCCAAUUGAAUUGAAACAACGAUUUUUCCGUCAAGUUUAUAGAUUAGUCAAGUUAGAUCCUAGAGUACAUCGUGGUCAAAGUUUAAUACAUUUAGCUUGUUCACCAGAAACUUCAACUGUUGGUCGUUUUGUAAUUUGUACUUUUCCAAAUGUCAAUGUUUUAUCUUUGCUAUUUGAAUUAGGCGCUGAUGCUAAUUGUGCUGAUGUUGAUGGACAACGUCCAAUUGGUCAUGUUUUAGCACAACGUCGAUUAAAAAGUUCUGAACAUGCCUCUCUUGUUCAUACUCUGGUUAAAUGUGGUGCUCAUUUAGAUGCAACCAAUCGGAAUUCUCUAACUAUCCUCUAUAAACGUUUUCAUCAUGUACUCCUGGAAUCUCGUGUACAAAUCUUGGAUCAUGUGACUUUAGCUUGUCAUGCUGCUCGUGUAGCAAAUCAUUAUGGAUUGACUGCAUCGAAUCCAUCAGUUCAAGCUUAUUUACCGAAUAAUUUAUUAUUUUUCUUACAAAUGCAUCAGUAA